AUGUCUCAGGAAACGGGCUCUGAGUCCGACUCUGAGGACGCUGAUGCGAUCGUGGCCCAGUUAUUGAACCAAUUUCAAGGUUCUACCACUCGCAAUAACGACUCGAACAAACCUCAAGACCAAACCCCAGAGGAGAAGCAUGAAGCCCACCAGCCACAACAGCUUAGAGCUAUGCAAUCUUCUAUGGAGAUCGUGGUGCCGACUGUUGAUCAUGAAAAAGACUAUGAGUAUCUGCCAGGCCAUUUCUCCGUGCGCCGGAUUUUGGAAUUAAAUUCAGAAAACCCCAAAAAACCCUCAUACACUGUGAGACUUCAGAGUGGAGAGCAACAAACAAUGACCUAUGACCGAUUCAUGCAGCUAGAAAACAGUGUUCUAGCUUUAGAUCAGUUCAAUCCGGAUUCAGAUUCUAGCGACGAUUUAGCAGUGACUCAAAGCAAUGGCCGAGAGCAGCGUCUGCGCGCCAUGUUCUCUGGAGAUGGCGCGGCAUCGGAAGAAUCCGACCCAGAUUUUUCACGACCUGGCACGCGCCGAGCUCGUCGCCAUGCUAAACACUCUCAAUAUUUCGAUAUCGAGACUGCAAGUGAGCGUCAAAAGCUCUCAGCUGCUUCAGAAAGCUCGGACGACGAGCUCAAUGCUCGUGCCUCUACUAGGCUGCGACGGCGAGCUCAAAAGGCGCAAACCAAUUUUUCUUCAAAAAAACAAGCAGACUCCGACAGAGGUACACGCAGGUCGAAUCGGGAAAGAAAGACCAUUCGAAAAACCAUGGAAGAACGCCUUGAAGAUGACCUUUCAGAAGCCGAGACUAAGGGCCCAAGCCGACCGAAAUACACUGGGGCCAGAGAGAUCUUUGUUGAACUCAGUCGUGAUGACGAUUUCAGAAAUAGACAUUUUGGAUGCUGCUCUACCUGCAAUUGGUUUGAAAAUGAUGAAGAGAGAGGAAUCCUUGUAUUUUGCCAAGGUUGCAGCUCAUCAUACCAUCAAUCUUGCCUCGGACCCCGUGGCAGUCGAGAGCAUCUGGUCACCAAGAUUGACGAAGGAAAUUUUAUCCUCCAAUGCCGCCGCUGUCUUGGCAGUUCUCAUGACAAACAUGACAUUCGCCCUCAUCUCGGCCAUUGUGCUGUGUGUAGGAAGGAAGGUCCAAUGUCCAAACCCCUUCGAGGGCGUCUCACCGCCAAGGAAGAACAACAAUUACGCAUAGCGAACGGGGGUACGGACCCGAUCACUCACAUUGAUAUGACUCUAGUUAACAAUGUCAACAAUGUGUUAUUCCGAUGCACUACUUGCCACCGAGGAUUCCACGCUGAACAUCUCCCCCAAAUCGACGGCAAUGAUAAAGCUGACCAAAUGGACCCUUUCAGUGAAUACAAGCACUGGCAAUGCCAUGAUUGUUCUUCUACACCGGCUGAAAUAGAGGUCCUUGUGGCUUGGCGUCCUUUUGAAUCCAAAUUUGCGGAGGGAAAGUCAUCUCUCCUGCCCGAGCUUAUUCCAGAAGUCGACAAGGAGUAUCUCAUCAAAUGGAAAACAAAGUCAUAUUUCCGCGCAACUUGGAUGCCUGGGGACUGGGUGUGGGGAGUCAGCAGUCCCGCUAUGCUGCGGGCUUUUUACAAUACCCCUCGAAAACCAAUCUUCACAACAAAAGACGCGAUCCCCGAAGAAAAUCUACGGGUAGACAUCGUGUUCAAUGUUUCAUGGGUAUCGGAAAUUGAACCUGAUGAAAAGAUACCCGAGCUGAUUGAAGAGGCAUACGUCAAGUACAAGGGAUUGAAUUACGAAGAUGCAGUCUGGGAGGUACCUCCUAAGUCAGAGGAGACCGAGCGAUGGGAAGACUUUAAGGCAGCCUUCGAAGAUUGGUUGCGCCGAGAUACGAUCCAGCCUAUUGACCGCAGAGAGCUCAAACAUCAUCUCACAGCUAUCCGCCAAUUGAAUUUUGAGAAUGAGUUAGUACUGGAAGCUCAACCAAAAAUGAUCACUAAUGGUCAGCUCAUGGAAUAUCAACUCGAGGGCGUGAACUGGCUUUAUUACAUGCAUCUUCAACAAAGGAAUGCCAUUUUAGCAGAUGAUAUGGGCCUCGGAAAGACAGUUCAGGUCAUCGGUCUAUUUGCGACCCUCAUUCAGAAGCAUACGUGUUGGCCGUUCUUGGUAGUUGCCCCGAAUUCCACGGUUCCUAAUUGGCGACGUGAGAUCAAGUCAUGGGCACCGCACAUUCAAGUUGUGACGUACUUCGGGUCCGCAUAUGCGCGCCAAAUGGCUCGUGAGCAUGAGAUGUUCCCAGAAGGUGGCAAGCAUCUCUGCUGCCAUGUGGUCAUUGCUUCAUAUGAGAGCAUGAUUGAUGACGAAGCGAAAAAGGUGCUGUCCAAAGUUCACUGGGCAGGUUUGGUGGUCGAUGAGGGCCAGCGCCUAAAAAAUGAUAAAUCUCAGCUUUAUGAGCGACUUGCGCGCAUGAAGUUUGAUUUCAAAGUUCUUCUCACUGGCACUCCUCUUCAGAACAAUAUCCGGGAGUUGUUCAACCUCAUCCAAUUCCUUAAUCCAAAGACAAAAGCCGACAGUUUGGAAGAAGAGUAUGGUAAACUCACUUCAGAAAAUAUCCGAGCACUUCAUAAAAUGAUUAGUCCGUUUUUCCUCCGUCGCACCAAAGCUGAGGUUUUGCCAUUCCUACCGCCGAUGGUGCAAAUCAUUGUACCUGUCUCCAUGUCUUUUGUACAGAAGAAGUUGUACAAGUCAAUUUUGGGAAAGAACCCUGAACUGAUAAAAGCCAUUUGCACAACCCAUGCCAGUCAGCUAAAGAAACACGAAAAGCACAACUUGAACAACAUUCUCAUGCAACUCAGAAAAUGUCUAUGUCACCCAUUUGUUUACAGUCGAGAAAUUGAGGAAGUCACAGACAAUGCCAGUCAAGCCCAUGAGCGCUUGGUGGAGGCUUCUGGCAAAUUUCAGUUACUGAACCUGAUGUUGCCAAAGCUGCAUGAGCGCGGUCACCGUGUGUUGAUUUUCAGCCAAUUUCUUGAAAAUUUGGAUCUUGUUGAAGAUUUCCUCUCCGGGCUCGAGCUGCGCUACUGCCGUCUGGAUGGAAGAUUGGUGGCUAGGGAGAAGCAGAAGCAAAUUGACCAGUUUAAUGCGCCUGGAUCCCCCUACUUCGCCUUUCUUCUAUCGACUCGGUCUGGUGGUGUUGGCAUCAACCUCGCGACCGCUGACACUGUCAUAAUCAUGGACCCCGAUUUCAAUCCUAAACAAGAUAUGCAAGCCUUGUCCCGUGCUCAUCGAAUCGGCCAGAAAAAUAUCGUCCUUGUCUACCACCUUACAACACGAGCAUCCGUGGAGGAAAAGAUUAUGGAAAAGGGCAAGAAAAAAUUGGCCCUUGACCAUGUUCUCAUUGAGCGCAUGGACGACAUGGAAGAUGAAGAAGACUUAGAGUCUAUUUUGCGUCAUGGUGCCCAGGCUUUGUUCGAAAAUGACGAUUCAGCCGAUGUUAGUUAUGACGAAAAAGCUAUCGAUAACCUCUUAGACCGAAGCCAAGUCGAAAAGGCCGAGGAGGCAAAGAAAAUGGACAAAGGUGCCAAAGAUGGAGACGCUAAUUCACAAUUUAACUUUGCUCGUGUCUGGCAAAAGGAGGGUGGCACUUUGGAUGAAGUGACCGAGAGUAAAGAUUUACCUAUGGAUGAGGACUUCUGGGCCAAGAUUUUGAAAGAGCGUGAGCACCAUGCUAACGAGGAGACUUCUCGCAAAGCCGAAGGGUUUGGUCGUGGGAAACGAAAGCGAGCUCAAGUUAACUACCAGACCCCACAGGAAGAGGCCAACGACCUUGAUGGUGCAAAUUCGACAGUAGUGUCUCCGGUCAAAAAGCGCAAGAGCAAGGCGGGCAGUGAGAGCGACGGCGAUUUUGAGCAGAAAGGCAACGUUGAAGAAUCCGAUUCUGCUGAAGAUACAGCCGGAGAUGCUGGUGAUGUAGAUAUUGAUAUUGAGCCUCUCCGCUUGAAAAAGUCUCGUCCAUUUAAGCGUGUUCACGUUUCUGUGGCCACCCCAGCCUUGGGCGGCCUUGACGGCACUUCGGAUUUGGAUUCGAUUGCGCCUUGCAUCGCAUGCAAACAACGGCAUGGGCUUGGUCACUGUCCCUUAAAAGAGGCUGGCGUCGAACACUGUCCGCUCUGCGGCCUUGCACAUCUCGGAGGACGGCGAGCUUGUCCUCAUUUUCAUUCCAAAGUCCAGAUUAAGCGUAUGCUAGAUGCAUUGUCUCAAAGUGAAGAGUCUCCCAGUCUUGUUUCUGCAGCCAAAAAAUAUCUGCGGGGAGUCCUCGGCCACUUAGCACACGCCGAGCGCAGACAGCCUGCGAAACAGUCUGAUCAAAUUUCGUCCAGCCAAAUCCGUGCUUCGCAAGCACCUGCUACUGCACCUCAGCCUACUCCCACCUCGCAGUUUGAUCUGUUCAGAUCAACAACCAAUGCCACCCACUCGAACACCAGCAUGGCCCAGUCUCCUUCCCUUGGUAAGGUCGCGCAUCAGCCACACAGAAAGUCUUUUCAACGGGCUGAUAUAUCUAAUCCCGCAAACCAUACCACGAGCUUGAGGACUAGUACAGCUGGCCCUGUUGUUGGUAGCUUCACGCAUCAGCACGUGACGCGGCCGCAAUACAGAAACACAGUGCAGCCUAGCCUACUUGGAACCUCGCGGAACAUGCCCUUGAGCCAGGGCACUGUGGCCCAGCACCCUCACACAUCCAACGACAUGGAUGUCGUUGAUUUGACUGGACCCGAUGAGCUGGGAAGCUCCUCUUCAUAUCCUUUCGUUUCUCCCUAUCUCAACAGUCAUGGACACCCAUCGAUUCACUAG